AUGAAUAAUUUAACACUGGCAAUUAGCAGCUUGAACAAACUGUUUACUGAGAAGGAAGAGAAAAUUCAAAAUGAAAAGAAUGAGUUUCAUGAAUUGAAUGUACCACGAGAAAUAAUUGAUAUUUUAAAAUGUAUAGGGAUUGAGCACCCCUCAAUAAUACAACAGUUGACAAUAAAAAAGGCCUUAAAUAAGAAAAAUUUAAUUAUCCAAUCUAAGAAUGGAACGGGGAAAAGUAUGUCUAUAUGUAUAAUUACAGUUAGCAGAAUAUUUUCAAAAAUGAAAAAAAACUAUUUGCAGAAUUGUGUAGAGACAAGGAAAAAAAAAAGAAAAAGAGAGGAGGAAACAUCAAACUUUGUGGAGAUAAAAACACAUAAAUUAGAAGAAUCACAUGGAAGAAGCGAAUAUAAUUCCCUUCUUGACAGUGAUCCUUUUGCCCUUUCAUUAUUCCUGCAUUCUGCAAUUCUUGUUCCAACACGCGAAUUGUGUGUGCAACUUUACGACAAUAUUAAAAAAAUUUCUGACAAGGCAAGACUUUUUAAAAAAAGUUCUGAAUGUUCAGAUAAAAACGAGAUCCUGAACAUUUCCAAUAUGCACAGUUCAGGUGAACAGUGUCAAGUGAAUAAUGACACACAAAAUGUUGGUCAUCUUUUAGUCGAAAUAAGGCCCAUGAUAUUAUAUGGAGGUACGGAUGUUUUGGACAAUUUGAAAAAUUUGUUUAUGUUUCUUCCCCACGUUGUAAUUUCGACACCUGGGAGGCUGAAACAUGUUUUGAUCAUUCUAAAACGCCUGCACAUUCAGGUAAUUGGACAUGAAGAAAAUAAACCGAAUUGUCACACCCCACUGUGUGGGAAUACCCAAACAGAAGUACUUUCUCAAAUGAACCUACUGGUCUAUCUUCUUCCACACACGAAACUCCUGAAUGUUCUACUGAAGCAGCUGAUCUUUGAUGAAAUAGAUGCUCUUCUUGAGGAACAGUUCGAGGAACAAAUAAGAAUUAUUCUAACUCAUUUGGUAACGCCCAAUGUUCAAAUUCUUUGCUACAGCUCCACAUUCCUUGAGUCAGUAAUAUCCAAUUUUAUAAAAAGUGUAAAUUUACAUGACAUUGGAUAUUUAGCAAGAUGGAAAGGGUUUUGCCUAAAAAGGAUUGAGAGGAAGACUUUGGGUCCAAGUAAGGUUUUCCCCGAAGGGGAUAUCACGUCUGCAGGAGUUGUGCCAGACGUACAGGUGAGUCAUGUCUCUUCUGAUAGCAUGGUGGCUUUGCAAGUUGGAACUUAUGAACAGCAAGGCGGUAGAAGAAGUGCAUUUGUGCAAAGGGGUAUAAAUUUGCCUGAACAGCAAGGCGGUGGAAGAAGUGCAUUUCCGCAAAGGGGUAUAAAUUUGCCUGAACAGCAAGGCGGUGGAAGAAGUAUAUUUCUGCAAAGGGGUAUAAAUUUGCCUGAACAGCAAGGCGGUGGAAGAAGUGCAUUUCCGCAAAGGGGUAUAAAUUUGCCUGAACAGCAAGGCGAUGGAAUCCCAUUUGAUGAAAGGUGCACUACCAGUAAGGAUGAAGAAGAAAUUAAAAGGAGUCACAAAACGGAGCACAGGGAAAAAGGGGACGAACUUGACGAGGAAAGCAAGAUAUGUGAAGGGGAUGAUGACGAAGAGGUGAAUUCUCCACCGUGUAUUUCUAACCCUCCAACUAAUGGAAGUGAGAUGAAAGGGAAAAAAAGUAAAAAGAGAAAAAAAAAAAAAAAAAAAAAAAAAAAAAAAAAAAAUUAUAAGAGUAGAAGCAAAUCUAACAACCUUAAAUCCAUCGAAGAAAUGUUACAAGGGAUGAGUAUAUUCCAUAACAAGUAUGCUAUGCAGUAUAUUUUAAAAAAAAUAGUGAAAGAAAAGCAAAAUGUAUUGUUGAAGUAUGCUAAAAGGAAGAGAGAGUUUGAGUUCAUCCAAACGUGCACAUCUGUAAUUAUUCAUGACAAAGGAGAUGAUGUAGGUAAAUGGACUGGUUAUGGCGAACGAGGGGAGGAAAUAGAAGAAGAGGAGAACCUUACUAAUUUUUCAGCGAUUAAAAAAGGAAACAGAUUAGAGGCUGGAGUGGAGGCGGAGGAAGAUGAUAAAGGAAGACAUAUGUUAGCAGCAGAGGAUGUAGACAAAAAGAAGUUCUUGCAAUCCCCAAUAUUAGAAAACAUUAAACACUGCUUCAUCACUGUUAAUAAUGAAAAUAUGAGCAAAAAAGAAGAGUUAAAAUACAAAAUGAUAGUGGUGUUAAAAAUAAUAAAAGAAAUAAAGUUUAAUCAAUGUUUUUUAUUCAUCAAUAAUACAUAUGAAGGAGUGCAAGUAAGUAAAAUGUUAAAAAAGUAUAAUGUUUCAUGUUAUUAUACGAGUUCUAAAAUUGAACAUAAUGAAAGGAUUAAGUUUUUUAAUAAUUUUAAAAAAAAAAAUAUAAAAAUAGUUGUAUGUACUGAUGUCAUGAGCAGAGGAAUUGACAAUAUCGUUUGUGAUUUGGUUAUAAAUUUCGACAUUCCACGUAGCAAAGAAACGUACAUUCAUAGAUCAGGUAGAUGUGGUAGGUAUGGAAACAAAGGAUUGUGCAUAAGUUUGUGCAAUUACUCAGAUUACAAUUACCUCUACUACUUCAAGUAUCAGUUAAAGUUGGAUGUUCACGAUUUCUGCUACAUACGUAAGAUGAAAAGUGCGAGGAAUGUCGAGCAGCGACAACUCUUGGAAGAUCCUCCACAAGACGUCACUUGGUGGAAUUAUGAUGACUACACAUGUAGAUGCAGUAAUGGUGAAAAUAGAGGCGACAGAGGUGAGCACAUGCUGGAAAGACCACACGGGGUAGAAGUGGGUUCAGAAGUGGGUUCAGAAGUGGGUUCAGAAGUGGGUCCAGAAGUGGAUUCAGAAGUGGGUCAAGAAGUGGGUUCAGAAGUGGGUCCAGAAGUGGGUUCAGAAGUGGGAAGUUUAAAGGACAUUGGGGCAGGGUUCUACGGUGAUUCCAGCAGAGAGACGCAGGAAGCUGCUCCUGAUUCAAAGAGUAUCGACAUUGCACAAGAACGUGCAUACCGCUACCCAAGACGCCAUGUGUGUUCAUGGAAAGACUUCAAAGUAAACAUCAAAGGGUUCUACACCAAAGAUAUAAAGAUUUGUAAUGGGAGAAACAAUAAUAUAAGCAAUGUUUACGUAAAAGUAUGCUUCAAAAAUUUAGUAACAAAAUUGAAAAUUGUAAGAAAUGAAAUUUGUUGCCACUUUUCGGUGCCAAAUGAUAAUGUAAAUUUCUUUAAAAAUAUAAGCAUUAUUCAGCAUAAGUCCAAUGUAAUUAUUUAUUUCCAUUUUGAUAGAAACGUUAAGAUGCAUUACUCGGCCUUUCGUCCUCUGUGUCAUAUACAAGAAGGGGUGGAGAAAGAGAAGGGAACCAAGUACUGUGAAUCCAAUUUCUGCAUGCUGUUUUUUUGCAAUUCGCAUAGUUACUUGGUACUUAAGAUUUUUUACGCUUUUCUCUUUCUGUUUAAGCAUUACAAAUAUCCUCUAAAGGAUGACGUGGAUGCAUUGUUGGUGCACACGCGAGUGGGAAAUGUGACAAGGUGGGAGAAGCAACCAGGGGUGGAGUGCAGACCGAGUGGAAGCAGACGAGACGAUAACUACGUGUCUGACACGUGCCUGCUGAUAAGGGAAUCCCUGAAGAAGGGAGAAAAAAAGAGAAAAAAAAAAACAAAGGGAUAUGAAAGCGAUGAGGAAUUUCUUCUGAACAACAGACAAGGAUUAAAAAUAAGCACUUUUCAAAAAGCAAUGUUUUAUCCAUUCCUUUUAAAAAAUAAAAAUGUACAUCUCCUAAAUGGAAAAUCAUUUGAUAAGGCAUCAUGGACGGGCAGUACUAAUUCUGCAACGCACAAAAUUGAUUAUGAUAUUUUAAAAGAGAGAGAAAGGGAACUAACCGCAAACUCAUUACCAUUUCAAAGUGCUCUUAAUGAGUUAAAAAUAAAUGCAUAUGAGAAAAAAAAAUUGACGAUAUUUUCUGAACAAUGUAAUGAAGUUAUCUGUAAAAAUGACUACCACGGCAUUGUCUACGCAAUUAAUGAUUUACUAGCAUCGCAAAUAUUUCUUAAUUUAAAAACAACGGAAGAAAAUGUACAUUUGUUAAAGAGUCUUUUUCUACAAAAUCAUUUACAAUUGCAUCGAACGAUUAAUGAAUCUUUCACAUUUUAG